AUGCUUGCCCAACGUACAUUGGCCUGCGCCGCUCCGCGAAUGGCGUUUGCCCGCGCUCCUCUCCGCCGCCGCAAUUACAGCUCCGAGACGAAGCAGUUUGCCGGUGCCGAAGAUAAUGAGUUCAAUAGAGAGCGAGCUCACAUCCAGGAACAUGCUGCUGAGAGCGGAGAAUUCUGGCGCAAGCUUUGCAUCUACGUCGCCGUUCCAGCCCUCAUUGUCGCCGGCGUUAAUGCCAAGAUCAGGUGGGAUGCUCACUGGGAACAUGUCGCUCACGAGCCUCCCCGGGAGGAAAGGCCCGAGUAUCCCUAUCAGAACAUUCGCACCAAGAACUUCUUCUGGGGCGAUGGCGACAAGACCCUCUUCUGGAAUGACAAGGUCAACUAUCAUAAGAGGAGCGAGUAAGCUGCGUCAAGCACUCGUACAAUCACGUACCACUUGACCGCGUUCCCUGGGGUGGCUCUACAUCCCCAACACCGGGGCUGGCCUUGUAUAGUACCAUCGAGCCUUAAGAUAAGCUAUCGAAACCGCGUUACCAUUUCAUUUGUCAUAUAGAUAUCGUGGCAUAGUAACUGCUCCAAUGUGUCCAUCAAAUAACUCCUUCCGGUUCAUUGCU